AUGCGUCUAAAAGAAACUAACAAAUUCGAUGUGGAUCUUUUCGAGCGUUUUCGGAUCACAAAGGAAUUUGGAUUCCUUGAAGUGAGCCCAUUGCAGAAAUUGUCGCCGGAAUUUCAACCGUGGAUUGAUGCGUGUGCUAAAAUCCCUGAGUGGAUCAAAAAUGGGACGAUUCGCGAGAAUUUACACGAAUUACCGGAGAUUUCGACUGAUUCCCUAAAAAGCCACGAAGAGUUUCGAUUUGCGCAUUUAUUGCUCUGCACAAUGGAAACGGCUUUCGUUUGGGGUUUUGGUGAGGAAAGGGCUACUUCGAUUCUGCCACGACAACUGGCUGUGCCACUGUAUGAGGUUUCAAAGCGAUUAGAUGUUCCUCCAGUUGUCGCACAUUUAACGGGAUGUUUAGCGAAUUGGAGGAAAAUCGAUGGGAACGGCCCGUGGGAACCGGAGAACUUAGAGCUAAUCGCCUUCAACUUCAGCGAACUCCGCGGAGAGCACUGGUUUUUCGUGCUCACAGCUCAGAUCGAAAAAGAUUUCGCUGCAGCGAUUCACAAAAUCGCGGAAAUUUGCUUGAAAGUCGAAAAGUUGGAAGUGAUCAAUGAAGAAGAAUUGGUUUCAACGCUGCGACAAAUGCGAAUUUCGAUUCGAGAGGCCACAAAUACUUUGAAAAGAAUGCCCGAACACCUAAAACCGAGCGAUUUCUUCUACAAAGUUCGCCCGUUUUUAUGGGGCUACAACGAGGGAUCGAUCAAAGAGACGGGAAUCAUUUUUGAAGGCCUCGAACAUUUGGGCGCAUUGAAAUGCAACGGUGGAUCGGCAGCGCAGAGCUCGGCGAUGCACAUUUUCGACGAGUUUCUCGGGAUAGAGCAUCAAGGUAAAAGUAAAGAGUUUCUGCUUGAGCAGCGCCUCUCAAUGCCGGUUCCGCAUCGAAAUCUCAUCAAAUGGGUUUCCGAAUUUACUCCUUUGAAACAAAUGAAACAUUUGGAUGAAUACCGAGAAGUGAUCGAAACGGUGAAGAACUUUCGAAGUGGACAUAUCAGAACGGUGAGUUGGGGUGAAGGGUUA